CACCCCCAGCACUGGUGUUUUGGUUCGCUCCACUGUCAAAUUGAUUUCUCGCUGUUGGUCUCGUCUUUGUUGCUUUCACCGGUUUUGUUACUAAAACGAGAAAAAUCAACAUUUCAGUGGACUAUCGUUCGAAUCAUAUCACAACGUAAAUCCCGUAGAGAUGGAUGAAAGGCUCUAUGGAUCUUUGCCCCAUGCCCCCUCGGAAUACCUCCAACAAUGGGUUCAGUCAGCUCAGCAGCAUCUGCAGGCCCUUCAGGCUCAGUAUCCUCACAUGGCUAAUGGAAAUGCUGGCUUUAUGAUGGAGGGACCUAGAGAGGAUGGGGUCAUGCAGCAGAUGCCGGUACACCCAGAGGAUGCCGCCCAACAGGCUGCUGCUGCACAGAAAGCACCUGCUAAAGGAAAGCGAGGAAGGCCGGCGAGCAAAGAACCCAAAGCCAAAGGUGAACCUAAAGCCAAAGCCAAACCCGGACCUAAACCCAAGAAAGCUAAGGAGGAUAAGGAGGCCCCGCCUGUUGAAGGACAGGAGAAGAUCGAUGAAACCUUCAAGAAAGUCAAGAGGAAAGUCGAUCGUUUUAAAGGCAUGUCGGAGGAGGAAGUCAUGAAGAAGACACUGCCUGACAUCCUUAUCCCCAAUCUGGACUAUGUCAUUAUCGGAAUUAAUCCGGGGUUGAUGGCGGCCUACAUCGGAAGAUGGUUCCCUGGACCAGGAAACCAUUUUUGGAAGUGCCUGUUCCUGUCUGGAUUCACAGAGAAGCUGCUAAAUCACAUGGAUGAUCAGAGUUUGCCUGAGAAAUACGGCAUCGGCUUCACAAAUAUGGUAGAGAGAGCGACACCAGGAAGCAAAGAUCUCUCUAGCAAGGAACUUCGAGAAGGGGGUAAAAUUUUAGUGGAAAAAAUAAAGAAAUUCAAGCCACUCAUAGCAGUUUUUAACGGGAAAUGUAUUUAUGAAAUGUUCUGUAGGGAGAUAUUUGGGAAAAAGCCCAAAACGCUUGAGUUUGGUCUACAGCCUCACAGAAUUCCUGAUUCUGAAACGGCGUUGUACCUAAUGCCAUCCUCCAGCGCCCGCUGUGCCCAGUUUCCUCGUGCUCAGGACAAAGUGCAUUUUUAUAUCAAGCUCAGAGAGCUCCGAGAUCAGCUGAAGGGUGUGAUCAAGAGCAAGGAGGUCGAAGAAGUGAAAUAUACCUUUGAUCUUGGCUUGGCCAAAGAGGACGCCAAGAGGAUUGCCGUCAAGGAAGAGCAGUAUGAUCCUGGUUAUGAGGCAGCUUUCGGAGGAGCUUAUGGAGAACCAGCACCUGAAGGGGGCCAAAGCAAUGGAUAUUGUAACUUCUCCACAUCUGAGGAGACAGCUCCAGCCAGCACAGCCGAGAAGGUACCAACGAAUCCAAACGCUGUUGGCCAAGUUCAGGACGGUCAGUGGAUGACGCAGUCUUUCGCCGAUCAGAUCCCAGACAUCGGCAGCUCCUCUCAAGCCCAAACCUGGGGUGUAUGAGGACAGACCAUGGCGAGGGACUUCUGAUGAAGCCUGUCGGAGGAGUUCCUGUGCUCUUCCAGAGAUGCUGUGCCUCCUAUCUUCUCAGAAUUGAACCCAGGAGUCUUAAAGUGCACUGGUGUCUUUCUCCUGUGCGCUGCUGUGACGACUGUUACAUAAUAAUUUCAGGAACGAUUUGAGGAAUCACAGUAUCAUACAAGGUGGCCCAACUUGCACAAGGAGAAUCCAAUGGCUGCUACACUUUUAAAGAAACUGUACCUCUGAACUUCAAUUGGGGGCCUUUGGGAUCUCGAAUGCCUCUUUAUUAAAGAAGAGAACUGUUUUUGCAAUGAAUUUCAAUUAGACCUUUUAGGAAUUAGCAUUUCUAUGGAAUUGGAAUAUUUACUCAUCUUUUACAUUUAAUGGUUUAGAGUCAUUGACGUUACUUUGAGUAGUUUAGUGUACGAGGUUCUGAGCACUGGUUUAUUGCAUUAUGUGAUAUCAGGGACUGAUACUUGAUUUGUUCAAAAGGAGCGUUCACUGUUAUUUCAUUUGAUAUUUUUAGAUGGGACGUAUUGUUGUCUGUUUCUGUAGUAAUAUUUUAAGUAUAACUACCCAAUUUUUUUUAAAAAGUGCAAAUUUUAAAGAUCAUACUGCCUAAUCCAUAAGGAUAACAUUUAAAUAAGGUUUUGUUUCUCAUCAUGUGACAGAUUAUGUCUUUUUACAUGUUGGAAGGAUGCAAACAUGAUGGUUUUAAGAACUUUUAUGAUAUCACUGCAAGAUAAAGUUACAAUUACUGAUGAUUGUAAAUGUAUUUAAAUGUUUUCCUUAUGAGGAAGCAUCAACAUCACUGUUUAAAAAAUGCACACAAUCACCUCUCCGCCUUCAGUACUGUAAAACAGAACACAGUGUGACCGUUUAUAACAAAUGAAGAUGGCUGAACUAAUCCUCAACAUGCCAUCAUUUAUGGAAUUAUCCACAUGCUCCUAUUUGGUGCUAUUUUUUACUCUUUCUGUAAACAUCUUUUUUGUUCAUUAAAAUACAAUUAUCCUGA